AUGCCUCGCCAAUUCUUCGUCGGUGGUAACUUCAAGAUGAACGGUGUUCGCCAGAGCAUCACCGACAUCGUGAAGAACCUCAACUCCGCCAAGCUCGACUCGACUACCGAGGUUGUCAUCUCUCCUCCCGCCCUGUACCUCACCCUCACCCGCGAGCUGGCCGACCCCAAGAUCGGCGUUGCCGCCCAGAACGUCUUCGACAAGCCCAACGGUGCUUUCACCGGUGAGAUCAGCGUCGAGCAGCUGAAGGACACUAGCAUCAACUGGGCCGUCAUUGGCCACAGCGAACGUCGUGUCAUUCUCAAGGAGUCCGACGAGUUCAUUGCCCGCAAGGUCAAGGCCGCCGUUGAUGGCGGCGUCUCAGUUAUCUUCUGCAUUGGUGAGACUCUCGAGGAGCGUGAGGCCAACAAGACUAUCGAGGUCGUUACCCGUCAGCUCAAUGCCGCCGCAAAGGAGCUGAGCAAGGAGCAGUGGGCUAAGGUUGUCAUCGCCUACGAGCCCGUCUGGGCCAUUGGCACCGGCAAGGUUGCCACCACCGAGCAGGCCCAGGAGGUCCACGCCGCUAUCCGCAAAUGGCUCGGUGAGACCAUCUCCGCCCAGGCCGCGGAUGAUGUCCGUGUCAUCUAUGGUGGCUCCGUUAGCGAGAAGAACUGCCGUGAGCUCGCUACGCAGCCCGACGUUGACGGUUUCCUUGUUGGUGGUGCCAGCUUGAAGCCUGCCUUCGUCGAUAUCAUCAACGCCCGCAUCUGA